AUGGCGGAGAGGCUUGUCCAGACCGUCAAGCGAAGCUUCAUCAAACAGCUACGGGACGAGCAGAACACGGGAGUGACUCGGACGAUGCAACAUUGGGUAGACCAGUUCCUGUUCACCUACCAAAACACACCGUGUUCGACGACCGGUAAGACGCCAGCCGAACUGUUUCUCUCAUGGAGGCCACGCACGAGGCUGAGCAUCUUGCAUCCGGAGCUAGCGAAACGUGCCGAAGCAAAUGUAGCUCGAAGACAGGGUCAGGAAACCCAUACUUCAUGGAGGGAGUUCGAGGUUUGCGACAACGUUCGUGUGCGAGGAAACCGACCGAGUGAUCCACGUUGGUUGGAAGGAACAGUUGUGCGACGAGUUAGCAAAGGAUACAUAGUCCGAAUCGAAGACCACGAGCGCUUUCUGCAUGCGGACGAUAUUGUUCCUAACACAUGCCUUGCUCCUCUUCCCAGAAGCGUGUGGAUUCCUGAGCAAACCCGCAUGGCACAGCAGGGUUCCACUCCGUCACAAAGCGACAGCGACACCGCAUCGCCGCCGGACGGGCCUGCACCAGAGCAACGACUUGCGCCACCUGACCGAGCCAGCGUGACGGAACUGCCAUCACAGCAGGCGCCUGACGCCAGCUCCCAAGAAAACGUCGCGCCACCUGAAUUGCGAUGA